CUCGGUCCAAAUCGGCGUGAUCCUUGAGCCAGGACUCACCAUGGCCUCCAGCGCCGGUGAUCCACUCAAGUGCGGCGAAUGCAUCGUACUAGGGCGUGGGGAUUGGAUUCUCCGGUGCGAGGCGGUAAUCGAUGGAGGCGAGGAUGACGUUGGAUUGGGCGACGAUGCGGUUGAGGGCAAAGUGAUACUCUCUGGAGGAGGUGGAGGCGGCAAAGAAUCCGUCGCCGUGGUAGUAGAUUACGAGGGGGAGCUUCUUCCGGCUUGUUUUCGAGUCGUCGUCGGUUGUGGCAAGGAGAAUAUGAAGGAAGCGGCUGCGCGCGUUUGAUAGAGAAACAUGGAAAUUAAAGGGUGAUGGUAAAA